AUGCAGGAACCUGCAGAUUACAACAGACUCGCCACGGUGGCAGAGAGCCUCGCCACGGUGGCAGAGAGCCUCGCCACUGUGGCAGACAGCCUCGCCCCGGUGGCAGAGAGCCUCGACACGGUGGCAGAGAGCCUCGCCACGGUGGCAGAGAGCCUCGACACGGUGGCAGAGAGCCUCGACACGGUGGCAGAGAGCCUCGCCACGGUGGCAGAGAGCCUCGCCACGGUGGCAGAGAGCCUCGCCACGGUGGCAGAGAGCCUCGCCACGGUGGCAGAGAGCCUAGCCACGGUGGCAGAGAGCCUAGCCACGGUGGCAGAGAGCCUAGCCACGGUGGCAGAGAGCCUAGCCACGGUGGCAGAGAGCCUCGACACGGUGGCAGAGCCUCGCCACGUUACAAGUUCAUGA